AUGCUUUGCAGAGCGUUGGGACGGUGGACACCGUUGCUACUACUGUUGUUCGGUGCGGUUUUUCAAGACUCUCUCGGUGCUGCUAGUGAAGUCAAAGCCGACCGGCGGAAGAGACAGGCGAGACCUUUCGAUGAUGAAGUACAGGAACCCAGAGAAGUGAGACCCACGAUCGUUAGGGCGCCCGACCCGAGAUAUCGCUACGACCCGCAUCGACAGCAGAGGCCUCACGACCCUCGUCAGGACCCCCGUCACGACCCUCGUCAGGACCCCCGCCACGACCCUCGUCAUGACCCCCGCCACGACCCUCGUCAGGACCCCCGUCACGACCCUCGUCAAGACCCUCGUUAUGCGGUCCAUCAACAGGAACGAGCCCCUCCGCCGAGGCGUCCUGAGACCCCCCGUUACGACCCUCGCUUGGAAGCCAGACGCCGGAUUUUCACGGAGUUUGACGAAUUAGGCGAGGAGAAGGGAAAUUGGACUGAAUGGGACACCAGCGCUCCUUGCUCGCGGUCCUGUGGCGGAGGCGUCACGUUCAAGACGAGGACCUGCUUGGAUGAACCUUGCGAUGGACCUACGAGAAUAUACUCGACUUGCAACAAACACGACUGCCCGAAAAACGAGACUCAAGAAGAUUUCUUGCUUCGACAAUGUCAGCGAAUGAAUAGCGUGCCUCACGAAGGUCGCUACUAUAGCUGGGUCGUCCGACGGAGACACGAUCGCAAUCCGUGUGAGUUAAACUGUUCGCCAAGAGAUCGUGACCUCGACCUGAGGGCCCGGCACAAUGUGAUCGACGGGACCCGUUGCUACCACGCCGGUUUCGACCAGUGUGUCGAUGGACAGUGCGUUGCUACUGGUUGCGAUGGACUGUUGGGCUCGAGGAAACGGAUCGACAAAUGCUUGGUAUGCGGCGGAGAGAACAAGAAUUGUAAUACCACCACGCACAAUGAGAACCGGGUCCAGCUGCCCAUGGGAUACGUUCCGAUUCUCGUGAUACCCAAAGGGGCCACUUCCAUCAUGGUUCGCGAGUCUCACGUGACAAAGAACUAUAUCUCCCUGAGAGAUCUGAACGGGACAUCGUAUCUCAACAAAGUCUACGAGAUCGACUCCAGCAAGGCCUUCAUGGCCGGAGGCGUCCGCUUCCACUACACUAGAAACCCACAGUACAUGAACGGGCGGGAAUUCCUGCGCGCCGAGGGCCCGACGAAUGAAACUCUGGUCGUUGUGCUCCUGCUUCAAGAGAUGAACCGCGGAUUCGAAGUGGAAUUUUCGCUGAAAGAAAUCCCCGGACAACCCAGACCUCGUUCUGGAGAAUUCCAAUGGCAAAAAGGAGAAUGGGAACCUUGCACCGAUCCCUGCGGGGAACGCAACACAACUCGGGUGGUUCGAUGCGCCAGCAUCAUCACAGAUCUCGAGGCUCAAGACGUCAACGAAUGCGAAGCGUCCGAGGAGCCCCCGAGCAUGAAAUCUUGCCCUGUGGACAACUGCCAGUCUGAAUGGUUCACCGGUCCCUGGGAACGGUGCAGCGAUACUUGCGGAAACGGAACCCAGACCCGAGCCGUUUUCUGUUCGACGGCCGCUGGCGAAGGUGUGAGAGUCCUGCCCGACCGAUUGUGUAGAGAAAAGGGAGAACGCCCACCGAGCGAGCAAGAAUGCUCAUCGAACGAGUCCUGCGACAAAUGGGAAGCUGGAGAAUGGGGCGAGAGCGAGAAAAAAUGCGGCGUCACUAAGGUGACUCGUGAAGUCACUUGUAUACGCCAGAUGGAGAACUCGACCGAUGGCGUCGAGCUCGACGCGCCGGACUGCCUUGUUGACCUGAAGCCGGCCGCAGAGAAGGAACUCCUCCUCGAGCCGUGCACCGGCGUGGAGUGGGCGGUCAGCGAAUGGUCCCCCUGCACCGAAUGUGGCUCCACGGUUCAAACCAGACGAGUCGAAUGCGUCAACGAAGAAGGACACGUGUACGGAGAUUCGUACUGCUCGGGAAGACCGAAACCCGAGUCGGAACAAGCUUGCGCAGAUGCCCCGAUUUGUGAGCAUCGUUGGUUCACCUCGGAAUGGAGUGCGUGCUCGGUCUCCUGCGGAUCCGGGAUCCAAAGCCGAUUAGUCUUCUGUGCGAGUUUCGACCAGAACGGCACAGCUGCGACCAUUGCGGACGCGACCAACUGUGGAGGAGAAGCGCCUGGAGAGAAACAGGCUUGCCACAACGACCCUUGCGAACACGUCUGGCUCUCGUCACCGUGGAACAAACAGUGUCCCGAGAAUGCUUGCGGAGGAAUUCCUCGCAAGCGGUCGACUUUCUGCUACAAGGACAAUACUGUCACUCAAGACUGUCCUGAAGACCAAAAACCAGCUGAGGUCGACGACUGCAGCCCCCAGGCCUGUCCCGCGGACCAGAUCAGCGUUCUCGGUGAAUGCGUUAGUACCGAACACGGUUGCUGUCCCGACGGUGUCACCAUCGCCGGACCCGACUUCACCGGAUGUCCUGCGUUCGACAGAGAAAACUUCACCACCCCGUGCGCAGAAACCGAAUGGGGAUGCUGCCGAGACCUUGUGACACCUGCGUUCGGACCCUUCGACGCUGGAUGUUCUCUCUUCGCUUUGUGCAACGGAACCAUCUUCGGAUGCUGUCAAGACGAGGAAACUCCAGCCGAGGGACCGAAUUUCGCCGGAUGCGUUGUGCCUUGCGACAAGACUCUCUUCGGCUGCUGCCCUGACGGAGUGACUGCGGCCACCGAGGAGGACCAGCUGACCGGCUGCCCCGCGAACACAACAGAGGUUCCGGACGAAGAAGACGUCACAACACUCGGCGCAGGUGAUUUUUCUGAAGGAACUGAAGACAUGGGAUCUGGAGGAUCAGGAGACGGCGAGAUCGAAGGUUCCGGAGAGGAAAUACCUGAGUCGGACUGCGCGGAGAGCGAGCACGGAUGUUGUCCGGACAACGUACUUCCCGCAAAAGAUGCUGAAAAACGGCGAGGAUGUGUUCAUUGUCGUGCGCAUAAAUACGGAUGCUGUCCGGAUGGGGUCACGGCCGCGCUCGGCAAGAAGUUCAAAGGCUGCGAAGAGGUUUGCAGAAACUCCACUUACGGCUGCUGUGCCGACGGCUUCUUCCCGGCGAGAGGUCCUGCUCACCAGGGAUGUCAACCGGUCGAUUGUAAGGACAGUAAAUAUGGUUGUUGUGGUGGGAAACUCAAGAUCCCUGCCGCUGGCCCGCUGAAACAAGGGUGCGAUAAUUGCACAGAAUCAGUUUACGGUUGCUGCUCGAACAACGAAGACUUCGCUCUCGGACCGAACAGCGAAGGCUGCUGUGCAGACUCUCCCCAUGGAUGCUGUCCGGACAACAAGACUCUAGCUCAGGGCCCAGAUCUCGCGGGAUGCCCCUGUGCCACUCUGGAGUUCGGUUGUUGUCCCGACAAAGUCACGCCAGCACUCGGACCAAAACUAUACGGCUGCUCGUGCGAAAACAGCGAGUUCGGAUGCUGCCCCGAUUUAAUCACUCCCGCCCUAGGACCCGCACAGGCAAACUGCACCUGCGACCGGACGGCGUUCGGUUGCUGCCCCGAUGGUGUCACAGCGGCGCUCGGUCCAGACGUUCGGAGGAGCUGCGACUGCCGACUGUCUCAGUUCGGUUGUUGUCCUGACGGGAAAACUGCCGCUACAGGUCAGUCGCAUCGAGGGUGCUACUGCCACUCAAUGAAGUAUGGAUGUUGUCCCGACAAUCACACUCCGGCAGCUGGACCCAACUAUCUGGGCUGCCCGUGCCAGAGCACCCAUUACGGAUGCUGCGCAGAUGGUGUCACCAAGAAACUCGGCCCCCGCAACGAGGGUUGUGAGGACUGCACGAAACUCAAGUUCGGCUGUUGCGCCGACGGAGAUCACGCCGCCCGAGGACCCGAUCACCAAGGCUGCCCAUGCGACACGACGGAAUUCGGCUGUUGUCCCGACCGAGUCACUCCCUCCAAGGGCAAGGACAACGAAGGCUGUCCUGAAGUGCCUUGUCACCAAACCCAGUUCGGUUGUUGUCCGGAUCGCGUUUCCGCUGCCAAAGGCCCCAGUCUGGAGGGUUGCGUCAUGACGGAAGAAGAACGGCGGAGGUACGAGGAACACCGACGAGGUAUGGAUACACGACGAAGACCACCGGGAGACUACGCGCCGCCCACGAGACCGCCGUACUACGAGCCGAAGAGAAUGCGCGAGGCCUGCUUCCAACCAGACGACCGCGGUCCGUGUGGUAACUGGACCCUCGUAUACUAUUACAACUCCCAGAACGCCACAUGCCAGAUGUUCUACUAUGGUGGCUGCGGCGGAAACGACAAUCGAUUCCCAGACAAGGAAACUUGCGAGGGCUUCUGCUUGACCGAUGGCUUCUCCGUUCCGAAAAACGUCCCAUCCAUCGACACGAACGAGAUCAUUCCGACGGCGAGACGCACCGAACGCCAUCCUUGCGAUCUUCCCAAAGAGGCGGGACCUUGCAGAGGAACAUCCGAGCGAUUCUGGUACAACCAGAUCACCAAUCAGUGCGAACGGUUCACCUACGGAUGUCAGGGCAACGAGAACAAUUUCAUCACGCACAAGGCUUGCACCGAGAGAUGCAAGAUCCUAUCCAGCACCGAGAAGUGUUCCCUGCCGAAGGUCAGCUCGAGGACCUGUAACGAUCCCCAGACUUUGUUCCGCUACAACUACAAGACCCACACGUGCGAGUCGUACAAAGGUUGCACCGAGGACACGAACGUCUUCCGUGACUAUAACCUGUGCGUCUCCACGUGCCGCGACAUGGACAGAUACGAUAUGAGCUCGACAGUCUGCGCCCUGCCCAAGGAUUCAGGACCUUGCUUAGACUAUACGGCCGCGUGGGCUUUCGAGAACGGAACUUGCCGACCGUUCCACUAUGGGGGCUGCGAGGGUAACGCCAAUCGAUUCUCAACCCAACAAGAAUGCCAAUCUACGUGUCAUCCCGAGGGAACACACAUCGGCCGAGACGAUGCUGGUGGAUCGAUUUCGUCGAGGAUCGCCACCUCCGUUCACAUGUGUGAACAACCUCGUGAGGUCGGGCCCUGCCAGAACUUCGAGGCUCGCUACUACUACGACGCGGCUGCGAGGACUUGCUACACCUUCAAUUACGGAGGCUGCAGAGGGAACAUGAACAACUUCAUGACUUUGGACGAUUGUCAGAGACACUGUGCCUUCCGGCACGGGAGCCUCGUCCCGCAACAACCGCGUUCCUCUACGUUCAAUGUUAGGGAUUGCCAGAUGCCAAAAGAUCGAGGAACUUGCUCCGGCAGCUCGGGAAUGUUCUACUACAAUCCCAACGACGGAGUCUGCCGCGAGUUCACCUACAGCGGUUGCGGAGGAAACAACAAUCGAUUCCAGACGAGACACGAGUGCGAGAGGAGCUGCAAGAACGCUCAGAACCGGUGCCAUCUACCAACGAUCAAGGGACGCUGCGGAGGAAACUACAAAGUGUGGACCUACGACGCUCAGAAAGAUAUCUGCAAACAAUUCGAUUUCAGCGGCUGUCAAGGCAACGCAAAUCGUUUUGAUUCUAAAGCGGAGUGCGAGAAGAGCUGCGUCCGCAACACGCUCGAAGUCACGGGAAUAUCCAUCGACUUCCCAGACAAGUGCACCUUGAAAGCUGAUUCCGGAGGCUGCGCACACAAUCUGCAGAAAUACUACUUCGAUCUCCGGAGCGGAAAAUGCCUCCCAUUCCUGUGGGGAGGCUGCGAAGGCAACGACAACCGUUUCGAGACUUUCAACGACUGUCAGAAGGCUUGCUACAUCCCAGCGAUCAGAGCAAACUUGAUCAGACCGAAUCACCAGAGCUCGAUUAAUGAUUAUGAGGUUCCUCUGAACAAGAACGAGGUCUGCACGCAGCCGGUAAAAUACGGCAGCGGGAACUGUUCAGACGCUCAAGAAGUAGUCCGGUUCUAUUACGAUGCUCAAUCGGAACGGUGUCUCUCUUUCCCGUAUCGUGGAUGCGAAGGAAACCAGAACAACUUCGUCUCUUCGGAGAAAUGCUUCUCGUUCUGCAACGGAGUCCGGAUCCAACGACCUGACGAACCCCUCUUGAUCGAUCCUCGAAGACCGACUUCGGUACCGGAGCGAUGUCCAACGGAUAACUGCGGCGUCCAGGACUGCCGCGGAAUGGGAGAGAGGCGAGAGGUUCUUCCGAACGGUUGCGCCCGCUGUGUCUGCAAACACCCUUGCGAUGGAGUCCGCUGUGGAGAGGGAGACCGGUGCGCCGUGCAGUACUCACAGAACUCCUACAUAGGUUUCUGUAGACCGAUUAAUAAACCAGGGGAGUGCCCGAAACUCACCUGCGACGAAAGAGAUCGCGGGAAGAACUACUGCAGCGACGACUCGGCAUGCGACGGUCUCAAGAAAUGUUGUAACACAGGCUGCAACAACGUCUGCUCGCCUCCAGAGUCUCGGUCGAUCCUUUUCCAGUCCGAAGAUACAGACAUGAAGGAGGUCGUUGUUAUCGAAGGCGAGACCGCCACUCUCGAGUGCCCGCUCCCGAGCACGGAGAUGUCCCAGCAAUGGACGAAGAACGGAGAGGACGUCGAAGGCGAUCGUUUCGACCAGGACGGUAGAGUUCUCCGCAUCUCCGGCGUGACCAAGAAGGACGCAGGAGUCUACGACUGCGCCGAAGGAGACAAUCCGAGCAACAAGAUGAGGGUCGCGCUCCGCAUCGCAGCACCUCCGAAAAUCAUCAAGGAGAAUCCAGUGGUCGAGACACAGGUCGCCGCCACGGCGAACUUGUCUUGCACCGUCGUUGGAGGCUUCCCUCGGCCAUCGAUAGUCUGGUCCAAGAACGACACCCGUCUGCCAUCGAGGAGCAGCAAGUACAGACAGUUGCCCGAGAACACCCUACAGAUUCUCGACGUUGAUCAGAGGGACCAGGAUCUCUACUUGUGUCAGGCGAACAACGAUCAGGGCAGAGCGCAAUUCAUGGUUGCGCUCAUCAUCCCCGUUCAGAGUAACGACGAGCACCAGAGCAAGGGUCAGGAACUUGCUCAAAAGGCCCGUGAUGACGCUAAAAAUCCGUGAUAGCCCGAUGAGAUCUGGGAGAAGGAUCCGAUUGCUCGGAGCGUCACGAUCCAAACGUCAAGAGACAACUCCGGAGGGAUCCGAGCGCGAGCUCGAUCACUACGAAUGAUGAUUUUACGAAAAAUGAUUCUUAAACGAAACCGAACGAUUCCAACGAAAUUUCACGCUGCCACGAGAACUUGUAGUUCGGCCGUAGUGCGCCAUCUUUGUGGUAGACCUGCCCGAUACUCUACCCGCUCGAAGCAGCGAUUUCCUUGAGGACCGGUACUAUAAAAACAAGGAAAAAAUUGUGCCUGAGGAUACAGAGCUCUCAUUGGAGGAAGUUCUACAUCGCGCGACGCAUUCGGCUAAUGAUGCACUGAGCUCUUUUCGAGGUUCAGGAGCAUUUUGAGAAAUCAACUUUUCACGAUAACUAACGUACAUACUCAUUUAUGCCAAUGGUACUAACGAUUCAACUUACGAUAACGAUAACUUUGUAAAACCUGCUAGAUCGGAGACAUAUUAUAUAUACUUUAUAGCUUUCUAUUCGAAUGUAUAUAACAAGAUUCUUAUUGUCAAAUAAAACUCAGCCUCGAGCUUGAAUGAGAUC